GGUUAAUAACCGCCGGAUCGGAUUGUUUCAUUCGUUGGUUCAUCAGAAAAUUUUAGCAAGCGAGCGAGCGAGCGAGAAGACGAAGGGAAGAUGACGCAGUUCCAUCAGCUAACUAGGGUUUCUGGGAUAACAAUGCUAGCGUUAGUAUUAGUACUACUGGUGCUGGGCAGCGAACCAAAACAAGCGCUAGCCUCCAACUCAGCCUCGGCCUUCGUUCAGAACGUCAUCUACUCCAACAGGAUUGCCAUCUUCUCCAAAUCCUAUUGCCCGUUUUCCCUCCGUGCCAAGCGGAUAUUCAGUGAAUUACAUGAGCAACCUUUUGUUGUGGAGCUGGAUCUUCGAGAUGAUGGAAAUAAAAUUCAAGAUGUUCUGCUAGACCUGGUGGGUAGACGUACUGUUCCUCAAGUAUUUGUUAACGGCAAGCAUAUUGGUGGCUCUGAUGAUCUCAAAGCUGCUGUCCAGAACGGCCAGUUGCAGAAUCUAAUAAAGAAAAAUUGAUGAAAUACUCUCCCCACGUACAGAAAACUAACUCAGCACCUAAGCUUAUGAUAACAUUGGAGGUCGAAGGUAAUUUUGUUGGGUCAUAUUCAGAAGAAGAAGACGUGAUUGAAUGAUGGCACCUCCAUGAAAUACUUUGCUUUGUUGUGUGGAACAAGAUGAGGAACUUACGACAUUGUUGGGGAUGCAUAUCUUAUUUUAAUUAUUUGAGUUCAGAGAAAUUUAGAUACGUGAACAGUUGUUAUAGUUCAUAUUGAGGUAAAAAGUCAAGUUCCUUUUGGUUG